GACCUCGUGCUCUGUGUCCGGGUUGUGGCGUGAAUCGCAAAUCUUUGGACUUUUGAAGUUAAUUCAACCAACAAUAAGUUAGUUUUAAUCACCAUUCCCAGUGUGUACAGAAGUCUUCUUGUGGUUUUCAAACAAAGUCUAGACGAUACAGUGAAAAUAAAAGUAAUUUAACUAAUUUCUGCCUUAAUUUCCUUAUUUAGUCAAAUUCAACCUGAUGGGGAAAAAUAAACUGUUUUUGGUUAUAGUGUCUUGAUCAACAAAUGAAUGCAUUCAUGCUUCACGUGUGGAGGCACUGGCCCUGACUGAGUCCUACCCACGAUUCAGUCUGUGGAGAUGAAGUUACACACCUAACACAAAGACGUCUCACAUCAAGUGGGCGUGGACGCAGAACAGCAGGUAAAGGGAGAUGCCAGACAGGGGAAGACACCAUCGGAGGAGUGAUGUGUCCGCAGAGUCCAAGAGCAGGGAUUACUCACACAGGGGACAGCACUCUCUGUAUGAUAACCAGAGACACAGCCAAAACCCAGGAGGUGUAGAGGAGCGAUUCAGCAGUGACAGAAGAACCAAAGAGAACAGAAAGAGAGAAGUGACAAGUCCUCCUUUUCAUAAGGGGUCAGCUCCAUACAUUGCUCAUGAAAGGCCCUCAACACUGCCCAGAGAAACAUCAGUGUAUAACCAUGAGGUUUAUCAACAACAGCACAGAGAAGCCCUGUACAAUUUAAGGUACAUCCUAACCUCUAGAGGUAUCUGCCAGCUCAUGGAGAUCUCUGUGAAUCUUCUUAUCAUAAUCUGCGCCGCAGUGCCGUACAGCAACAACGGGGGUUACCGCGACCUGGCCAGCCUUGGAGGAAUUUACGCUUAUUACUUUGGAGGUGCCAGCGCCUUCACUGGAGCUGAUGCAGACAGAGUCAAGGAGCUGGACCGCCUCUUCCACCAGCUCAAGCAGCCUCCAUAUGUCUUUUCAAUGGCCUGCAGUGGGAUUUUGAUGAUAUAUGCCGGUGUCAUGUUUGCCCUGGGGGUCUUCAGGGUCUCCUACCGCUGGCCCAUUGCGCUGCUUGUGGAAGCUGUUGUGAAUUUUCUGAUUGGCUUAGGUUACAUCGCUGGGUUGGUUUUCUACUUUAUUAAAAUACAGGAAACCUACCAAAACCCCAUCUGUCAGGAGAGGGAACAGAUGUACAAGAGCAAAGGACACAAGGGCUUUGACUGCAACUUUAAUGGUGCAGAUAUCGCAGGAGGAUUGUUUGGAGUGGCAGGGAUUUUUGUUUUCAUCUUUGGUGGGGUGCUGGCAGUCAGAGCCUUCAAAUCAAUGCGAGAGCAGAAGAAUGAAAGAACAAAUGAGGACAAUUAUUUUUAAACAUGCUUUUCUUACUCACAUUAGAGAAAAAGUUUAACAGAUUGGAAGGGAUUUCCAUUAAGUCUUUUUCUGUAUUAAAUUUCUUUAUGCAAGCUGGAAUACUUUUUUAAUUCUUGAUGCUCUUUUCUUAUUUCUACUUUUGUACUGACCAUUAUUUUUUUUUGUAAAUGUCAUAAUAAACAGCCAGAUGAGAGUACAUACAAUUUCAUAAUUUUGGCAUGUAAAAAGAGGUAAUUGGAAAACAACUUUUCUUUCCACUUGUGAGAUGUAUGAUAGAACAUUUAACCUCUUGUAAAAAAAAAAAAAAUCAUAAGCUGUUCUUAAUAUGGGAUGUGUUAGGCAGAGGAGGAGUUGGUGAAAUAAAUUCAAAACUCAUCUUGUGAUCGCUUUAUUUCUUGUAUGAGACUAGGAUAAAUGACAGAAUCUUGCCCACCAAAACUAAGUAUAAGGGGGUAAAAUAGACUCAACUGACAAAUUAGCAUUUGACAAAAAUAAAACUAAUGCAGUGAUCGAUCAUGUAUAUCCUUUGAGAUUUGGAGCUUAAUGUUGGUUUGUGUUUGUGUGCGUGUGUCAGGGUUAGAGUUAACCCUAACCCUAAACUGAUAAAAUACUUUUUUAUAACUAUUAGUAUUGCUUCUCUUUUGACAUAAAACAACCGUUUUAACCUUGUCUUGAAAUCUAACAAUGCAAGAGCUACUCUGGUGGUUUGAAAAUAUUUACACAAGAAGUUUUUAUGUGUAGCUUUGUUGAUUUGAUGCACAUUUAUAAUAGUGAGCCUUUAAAUCUUUGCCAGACUACAGGGUGCAUUUCUAAGCUUGUCCAGUAGGUGGCAUUUACUUUAUUCAGCAAUGAACCAAAACA